AUGUCAUUUCUCUUCAAAUAUUCUGUAGUUCUGCAGAUCACCAAGAAGCUGGCAGAGAAGAGAAUUAAGACCUUGUUCAGAUCUCAAAUGUGCUCCAUGAUUCAGAAUAUUGAGAAGAUAGCUCUGCUCUCUGAAUAUGUCAAUCUGCUUACUGCUGAGGUGGAACCCGAGGCAGCAGACCAGGAAAUGUGGGAUUUUGAGGCACAGAUUGACCUGGCUGAGAGGAAGCAGUGA